AUGACUGAGGGAAAGCCCCAUAUUAUUGUGCUCCGGAUGACGCUCCUCACUCUUCCAGUGUUUACCGUGGAAAUAACUCUGUGCCAGCAAGCAGCUGUGUCUUCAUUAUCUGCCUUGCUGGGAACAAAAGCUUUCUCUCCAUCGUCAGUUUCCUCCUCUGGUUCAUCUGAAUCUUCCUCUGCCUCAUCUUCUCCUUCAUCUUCUUCAUGCACAUCAUUUUCUGAAAUGUCCUCCUCAUCAUCCUCAUCAUCAUCAUCCUCAUCAUCAUCAUCAUCAUCAUCAUCAUCAUCAUCAUCGUCAUCUGCCUUCAGUUCCAUCACAUCAUCACAGCCUUCUUCUUCUGCAGAAUCAUCUUCACCAGUGGCCGCAUCCUCAACCAUGGCAGUCUCUUCUUCUACAGCCAUGUCAUCUUCAGUUGCUGCCUCAUCUGGAUCUUUCGAUGACUCAUCAGCUGUGGCUGUGUCAUCGUUCUCAGAUUCAGAUCCAUCUGCACUGGUGGCACAAAUGUCUUCUUCAUUGUUGACUGUCUCUUCUUCCAAAGCCUCAUCUUUGUCAGAUUCAAGUUCACUUGUGGCUGCCAUUGUACUCUCUUCUGCUGCAUUUUCAUCUUCAGCUGUGGUAACUUCUGCAGCCUCUUCCAUAAGUUCAUCUUCGCUUGUGACAGCAAUCUCUUUUUCUACAGCCAUCUCAUCUUCAGUUGUUGCUUCUUCAGCUGGAUCUUUUGAUGAUUCAUCAGCUGUGGCUGUGCCAUCAUUCUCAUCUACAUAA